AUGGGCGACAGCGACGCCGAAGCGACCGCUGUAGCCACUUCAUCGCGCCCUGCAGUGGCUACGCUGGACCAAUCGCAGGACGAAUGGAUGCCUGUAGUGGACGGAAGAGGGAGGCAAGCAGCACAGGACAGGGAGCAGGUCCUGGAAGAGCGUACGUCGGAUGUGGUGGACGAAAGACUGGAGACCAGGUCGAGUGACUCAAGACGACGGACGUUAUCGCCGUCUCGAGCGGCGCUGCUGAAGAGUACAGAGACAGGACGAAUUGGUGGGGAGAGGAGGAGAGAUACGGUGAGUCCUGAGGCUCUGGCGACGGUACUGAAGGACGUGGAGGGGCAGUUGAAGGAGACGGAGAAAGAGGAGGAGGAGGAGGGAGAGCUGGAAACGAGCGAGGCUGCUGUACCGACGUCUGAGAAGACGUUCAGUGGUUCAGAGUCAAGGCCGGUGGCGUCCGAGAUGCUGUCGUGUGCUGUGGAUAGUGACCGAGGCAAUGAGAGCUUAUGGAUGGACGAAAACGUUUCGGCGGACGGGUUGACUGGAUAUUUGAAAGUGGCGUCGUCUUUGCUCGAGCAGGAAGGAGUUGAGAGGAGGACGACGCUGGAUCCCACGGAAGCUGCACUAGUGGUUGCAGCGCUGCAAAAAGAGGCAGCGAGUUUGAGUACUGGUGCUCCAGAGGUGAAAGCUGAAGUGGAGCGGGACACGCAAUCGUUGGAGACAGAUGAGCUGAAUAUACAGACGCCAGUUGUGUCGAACACGUCGGUAGAGGGAGGUACAAAGGUGUCGACUCGAGUGGAGGAGAACGGUGAGCCGGCUGCAGUAUCAACGGAGAGCGGGAGAAAAAGCAUGCCAAGUCUGUCGCACGAUUCUGCGUGCAGAAAGCCACUGUCGCCCGUGAUAGCGGUGGAGAGCGGGGCGUUGCCGUCUCCAUCGAAACCGAUCCAGGCUACGAGAUCGCUUACGCAGAGCUACUCGAAGCGACGGACAACUGUCGACCCAAGCGAUGCAUUGGUCGUGCUGAAAGAGCAGCUGGGCCAAGAGGGUGGUCGUCGACUAACGAUUGAUGAACACGGUUUACUCGAGUUGACUCGUGCGGCCGGAUCUUCUUCAGCCGGAAAGGAGAACACGGCUAAGCUAAGUAAAAAAUUGUACCGAAAGCGCGACAGUGACUCAAUCGCUUGUGCAGGGAGCCGCAACGACGAUUUCCGGCAUGUGAACGACGAGCAAACUAUGGAGUCAAUGGACAUAGACUCGUCUUUGCAUACGAGCGCUCAGGAAAGUUUUGCAGGUACGGAUCACCAACUAGCACCUAUCAGCGACCUCAGCUUACUCGCCAAGUCCGCACCAUCCCAUAUUUUGGAAUCAUCGUUGUUUUCACCUCCUCCUGGUGAUCCCCGGACCAGGACGCCGUUGAAAGGAAUUUUAAGCGCACGAAAGAUGCGGCGGAAUAGUCACGACGCUGUACAGACAACACCAAACAAGUCGGUUAAUUUUGGUCCGUCACAAGGUGCGGAGUUCAAUUACGGGUCACCUUCUACGUCAAUGACGCCUAUGCUGGCGAAAGAUGCUUCGCGUCUGUUUCCGCUGGAGCCGCGGGUAUCGUCCGAGGAAGAGCCGGAUGACGACGCAGAAACGUCCUUGAACUCAUCUAUUCUCGAUGAGGCUGACUCACUCGAUGAGGAAGAGCUUCGGAAAGAAAGGACGUACCAGGCUGCCAACGUUAAGAAGUCAGGGUUUGAUCUGCUGCAAUCUCGGAGAAAUCUGUCGCAAAAACUAACCGACAAAAAUCGUCGUCGACAAAGUUUGCGAGGCUACAGUCCUCUCGAUUCUCACGCUGAAGCUCGGCGGCGUAGGCGUCAGACCAUUAAUUUUACUCGUCGUACUUCAACUUCGGGGCCUGCUGUACCAACGACGUUUGCUGCAACCGAAAACCCAGGUGCUGACUCGUCGUCUUCAACAAGAAAUCAGUCUUUCUUGAGCGCAAAUGCCGUAACAAAUACCGGCCGCAUGCCUUAUGUAGACUCAUCGGCAUCUUCGGACACCGGAGAGGACAUGGAGAUCACAGGCGAGUACUCUUUCAUGCUGGGACGUGAUGUCGAUAUCAAGGAAAAGCAAUCGACACUAGCGACGGAUCAAGUUCGCGAUGAAGACACGGCCGAGUAUAGUUUGGGUCACCUCCUUGCCGAAGCGUCAAUGUAUGAGCUAGCUAAAUCAGUGCCAGAGCCUGAUCUUCAUGAUCUUCCUGGGUCGUUGGGCGACUUGGCCAAUGAGGCUGGGGCCAGUAGUCAGGACGGCCAGGCUGGUGGUCUUUUGCUCAGCUUGAGCGGUCAAGAUACCGCUCUGGACCCGAUCCAAGAAAAGGACGAAACCGUGACUUCUUCUCGGGGCCAGAGUAUGAUGAGUCUUGAUUCUGAUGAGAGCGACGAAGAGUACGCUGCUAGUGCAAAAUCUCUUCAAGUCAAUCUGAAGGCGAAGUUUGACCGAGUUAGUACUGAUGGUGGAACCAACUCCCAGCAGCUAGUGCCAGACGAAGUACUUCCUGUUCGUUUGAUCACGAUGAAAGAACUCUUUUCAUCCAUCACUUUGAACGAAGAAGAUGUGCUGGUGGAGAUGUGCGAUGCUUUCUUUGGAGAGGAAGGUGCAUCAUUCAACGAUCAGGUGUCAAAGAAUGCGGAGCUUGCAUGCGCGUAUGACACAUGUUCGGAGGUGGUUGACCGCCAUACUCGGGACGUCUCAUCGUGGUCCGGAGCCGUGGCUGAAGAGCUGUCGUCACUGCUUGACAUUAAGGCUCCAGCAGUUUUUAGUCCAGACAUUCUAGACGAUACAGGUCGGGAAGCUAUCCAGAAGUUAUAUGCAAUGGAAGUGAUGGUGGCUCGAACUGGUUGGUGCCAGCUGCAAGCACAAGUGGAAAAACAGCUCACCAAUGGCUUGGCUGUCAGUGCGAAUGCGUUGGCAAAUGACGUGAAAUCGCUGAAAGACAGUGUGUCUUCUGACACGUUGAAGCGUCAAGAUGAACUAAGUGCUAUACAGGAGAUGAUCGAUCGCGAAGAACAAAUAGCUCUUCUUCUGGAUGCAAUCGAAGAGCAACAGGGUGCUCAUGCUGAAUACGUGACUGCCGUGAGUGAUCUGGAAAAGGAGUGUUCAUCAUUGUCACUAGAGGAGUCAGUGCUCCAAAGUCGUCUGAAAGUUCUCGAAGGACGGGCUGCCGAGCUGGAGCCCGUGACUCUAGCAGCAGCAUCACAGCUUGAAGAGGAUGUGCUGGCGACGGAGGAAAUGCUUGCAAUCCAGGAGAGCAUGUGUGUGUGGAAGAUUUGUGAGGCAACAACCUUGCAUCUCCUUUUAAGCGCUCGAUACGAAGAUGUGUUGUUUGAUGUCGAGAUUUGCGUGGAUGUCCAUGUGGGGUCUUCGUCAAUGGGCGAGGCGUCCACUUCGAUUAAGACUCACGAGUUUCUCAAGCACAAGGAACAGCACACGUACCUUCCCUACGAAAGUGAUGUAGUGCUGGUGCUACAGCGGCUGUUGCUGGAUCCUCACUACAUUUCCCGAAUCGCAGACGAAUCUGAUCUGGGAGAUAGAAACUAUGGUUACACGCUGUCCAAGUUGCAGGUCCUGGAACACUUUAUCAACCGCUCUUACCGGUUGUUGAAAGAAUUGCGUGAACUGUCGACCCGCUUCGACAUGCAUUAUGACGAAGAGGGUAGCACACUUUGGAUUGACUUUCUCAGGUUCCCGUCCAUGGCUUCGCGUGUUGGUACUGAAGGUGCCAAGUUUAGCGUGGGAUUCUCUCUCCUCCCUGUGUUCCCGUAUACCGACUACCACACGGCUGUGCAGGUGCUUCAUGGACAGGUGUCGUGUGAUGCUGUAACUAAGGAAAUCGAGCUGGUGACACGACAGGAACCAAAGUACUUUACACGAGUGUGCCGGCGACUUCAUGAGAGUUUUGCACGGUAG